AUGGCGACUUUUCGAUCGAUGCAUUUAAUGGAUACACUAAUCUUCAAUUAUGUUAACCUAGAUCAGCUCACGGAAACCUACAGCACAUCGUUUUAUGGCGAAUACACGACGCAUUGGCCGGAGUACCAGCGCAUUUGCAUUCACCCAACCACAGGUCUACCCAUGGGCUAUGCACUUGGCAAGGCUGAAGGGAAGGGUGAGGAUUUCCACGGCCAUGUUUCUGCUGUGACAGUCGCAUCAACCUUUCGCCGAUUGGGGCUCGGUGUAAGCUUAAUGGAGGAGGUCGAGGAAGCUACCACCAAUAUCCACGACGCUUACUUUAUUGAUCUCUUUGUACGGAAGAGUAAUACGGUUGCUCAAGACAUGUAUCAGAAGCUCGGUUACAUUGUCUAUCGGAGGGUGCUUUCAUACUAUCGUGGUGAAGGCUCAAAAGGGCAUUUUAAAUACGACGAAGAUGCACUAGAUAUGCGCAAGGCUAUGCCUCGCGAUAAGACACGAAAAGUUAGUUCCGUCAUCCCGCUCAAGCAUCCAGUACGAGCAGAAGAUCUUUUGUGGAACUAACACAAACCUCAGCUGGUGCGGCAACAAUAUCAUAUUAAACACAAUGGGGAGUUCGUUCUCACCGUUACUCAGGGAAAUAACGGAAUUCUACGGACACGCCGUUGGGCCUCUUCCACUCACAUGCUGUUUUUGUAAGUAGGAUGAAGCUUACGUCGAAGUCUUAGGGGGAUGGGUUAACUAAAUCAGUCUGGUGGUAGCAGAAAAAAAAGAGCACCUUGGUCGAUCGUUGGGAGGGUAUAUCUCUUCUUUUUAGCAACUUCCAUUCAUUUCUACAUCGAUCGCAUGGUCAACUAGGUAGAAUAUUUAUUGAUCUGCUAUAUCUAGUCCAUAUCAUUUCAAGCUUUCGGAGUGGGGAA